AUGGAUCAGAUCAAGAAGGUAGACCGCUUCCUCGCCCUGCCCCUCUAUCGCUAUUGAAACAUCACAACCACUCAAAGCCCAAUUUCAUCCGACUGCUUGCCCUAUAACACUACAAUGGCCCUCAACUACGAAAUACAUGCAGUCGGAUCUUUACUGACAACACCUCUCUUUCCAGCGCAUGAAUGCCCUCCGCAUCGAAGCCGAUGAGUCUGCUGGCAAGGUCGAGGAACUGUCGGCCAAGGUGAAAUCGCUCGAGCAAGAGAACCUGCAGAAGGAGCAAGAGAUCACAUCGCUCCAACACAAGAACAGCGUGCUCGAGCAAGAAGUUGAGAAGCUGGAGAAAUUGCACGGCGACGCCAAGGCAGCGGCCGAUGAGAGCGCACAGCACGGCACUCAGAACGAUGCGCUCCAGAGAAAGCUCCAACUGCUCGAGGAGGAGGCCGAGGAGAACGACAAGAACUUGAGGGAGACAAACGAGAAGUGAGUUGACUGGACACCUACAUUACCCCUGAAUGGACCCAUCGGUGAGAUUUGGAGAGACAGAGAGCUGACGUGUCCCCUUCCUACCUAGGCUCCGUCAAACCGAUGUCAAGGCCGGUCACUACGAGCGCAAAGUGCAGGCUCUCGAGGCCACGCGCGACCAGUGGGAGACCAAAUACGAAGAGAUGGCCAAGAAAUACGCCGACACCAAGAAGGAGCUGGACGACUUUGUCGCCGAGAUUGGUAACAUCUAA